ACGCCGCGACACGCCACGCCGCGCUGAGUGAGAUAGAAGAUGAAUUCAGCUGAAAUCACUGAUGAUGACGAAGGGCUGCAAUUCAAACAUGAAGAACAGAGACGCUGGCUCGCCCACUCAGGUAAAUACAGAGCAGCCAAGCAAGAACAAGAAUCCUAAUAUAACGUGGCUCUGUGAAGAAGAACCCUUCAGUGACAUAACCACUUCGUCUUACAAGAAACCUCUCUAUGGCAUCUCACACAAAAUUACAGAGAAGAAGAACCCCGCAGGAGCGGAGCAGUUUGCCUCUUACGACCUGUAUGAAAAAAUCAAUCCCAGCAGUCCCUCGCAUCUUCGGACUCUGAAUGACCAACGCAAGAGGGACUCUGCUGCAGCCAUCGCCGCAGCAGCUGCUGCUGUAGAGUCUGACCCAAAUAUAUAUUCUUUGAUACAGAAAAUGUUCUACACGCUGAACACCCUCAAUUCCAAUAUGACUCAACUUCACAGUAAGGUUGACCUGCUGUCUCUGGAGGUGAGCAGAAUUAAAAAGCAAGUUAGUCCGGUGGAGUCCGUUGCUGAUUUCAAGCCUCCCCCCGAGUACACGCUGACUUCUGCAGAGCUCAAACAGAUCAUGGAUCAAAGCACGUCAGGGGGAGACCUGGCUUGCCGGUUACUAGUGCAGCUCUUCCCAGAGCUCUUCAGCGACGACGAGUUCAACAGAAACUGCAGCGCGUGUGGCUUUCUUAACAAAAGGAAACUUGAAUCUCUUCAUCUGCAGCUUAUCCGUAACUAUGUGGAAGUUUGUUAUCCUUCUGUGAAGAAUACAGCUGUCUGGCAGGUGGAGUGUUUGCCUCAAGUCAAUGAUUUUUUCAAUAGAUUUUGGGCUCAAAGGGAAAUGGAAAAUAGUCAGCAGAGUGUGCAAUCAUCUAGUUUUUAUGAUACUGAGCAGGUAGAAUCCUCUCAUUUUAUUGACGAUAAAGAGCAGGAAGAAGCUUUGUCCUUGGACAGGAGUAGCAUCAUUGCCUCAGAUUACAUUCUGGAUGCUCAGGAUCUCAAUGAAUUUUUAGAUGAAGCUUCUUCUCCAGGGGAAUUUUCUGUUUUUUUGUUACAUAGGUUGUUUCCAGAACUCUUUGACCACAGAAAAUUAGCUGAAAGGUACAGCUGCUAUGGAGACUCUGGGAAGCAACUGCUGGAUCCUCAUCGGCUUCAAAUAAUCCGUAGGUACACUGAAAUUUACUUUCCAGAUGUGCAAGAAGAAGAAGCCUGGUUGCAGCAGUGUGUUCAGCGAAUAAAUGAGGAGCUUGAAAAUACGUAUAUGGAUGGAAGUGAAUGCGAUCAGUUGAGAGAUGACUGUUACGAUUCUUCUAGUUUACCAGAUGAUGUAUCAAUCAUAAAAGUGGAAGAUAGUUUUGAAUACGAAAAACCCGGUAGACGCUCAAAAAAAAUCUGGCUUGUGCCCAUUGACUUUGAGAAACUUGACUUUCCCCCUCCUGAUUUCGAUGUCCCUGUCCCAGAUUAUCUGUUGAACAAAGAACAGAUUAAAAACAUAUAUGAAAGUAGUCUUUCCAUAGGCAAUUUUGCCUCUCGAUUGCUGGUUCUCUUAUUUCCCGAACUGUUUACGCAUGAAAACUUACGGAAGCAAUACAACUGUAGUGGGUCUUUAGGCAAGAAACAGCUCGAUCCCACUAGAAUUAAAUUAAUUCGACAUUACGUGCAGAUACUGUACCCGAGGGCAAAGAAUGACAGAGUGUGGACGUUGGAAUUUGUUGGGAAGCUUGACGAGAGGUGUCGGCGAAGAGACACGGAGCAAAGACGCUCAUACCAGCAGCAGCGGAAGGUCCACGUGCCGGGGCCCGAGAGGAGGGAAUUUCUCAGCUAUGCAAUAAACCCCGAAAGGUUUCGAGAAGAGUUCGAAGGGCCACCGCUGCCACCCGAAAGAAGCAGCAAGGAUUUUUGCAAGAUACCACUCGAUGAACUUGUUAUUCCUAACCCAGACUUCCCUGUGCCUUCUCUGUAUUUGCUGUCUGAUAAGGAGGUGAGAGAGAUAGUACAGCAGAGCCUUUCAGUUGGAAACUUUGCUGCCAGGCUCCUUGUAAGACUCUUUCCAGAACUCUUUACUCCCGAGAAUCUCAGACUGCAAUACAACCAUUCAGGUGCUUGUAACAAAAAACAGCUUGAUCCUAUCAGACUGAGACUGAUCCGUCAUUACGUGGAAGCGGUUUACCCCGUGGAGAAAAUGGAAGAAGUAUGGCAUUAUGAAUGUAUACCGAGCAUUGACGAAAGAUGCCGGCGUCCUAACAGAAAAAAGUGUGAUAUACUGAAAAAAGCAAAGAAAGCCAAGAAGUGACAGGCUCUUGAAAUUCCUAAGACUUUGACCACUAAAUUAUUGUCAGGAUGAUGCUUUGUUUUAGCCUGAGGGGCCUGUCAGGGGCUGGCUGGGGUUGCUCAGCAUCUAGGACAGUAAGGCACUAAGUUUGUUGCAUUUUAACAUGUGUGUUGCAUCUAUGUGGGCACUGCAGCAGUGGGAAGUGGCUUACUACAUUUGUACAUGGGUGAAGAUCACAAGUCAUCGGUGACAGAGCUAUUAAUGACUCAUUAAGAGCACGACUUUCACUGGUGCAAAUACAUGUAUUGAAACUGUAUUAUUCCACUCCCCAUUUCUGCAUCUUCCUUUUUUAUCACUUUCUAAUAAUAAAGAUUUUUUUUUUUAAAAAAUCAUUGUGCUCUUCAGGGGCAGUUUUUCAUUUUACCCUUAUAAACAGUCAUGUUAGUUCUUUUGGAGUUUGAAAUUUAAAUUUAAUUUAAAUUUACUAGUCUAAUUGUUUUUGAAAGUGCCAUAUUCAUUGAAAAUCAUUGGAAUGUCUGACUUCUGCAGUAAUUGCAGCUUUACAUUUGUUUUGUUCUUGACCAUACUGAGAUACUGAAAGUAGUAACACUGUGUCAAAGAAUGGAUCAGAGUGAUGUAAUUUCCGUUUUUGACUGUUACCCAUGUUUUGUUUCUAAACAUUCUGAGAAUUGAACUAUUGAAGAAUUAAGAUGUGAGCAUGGACACAAUGUGAAUGUUUCUUUAUGUUUCUUUAUGUUGACACCACAAGCUUGAUCCUGCCCCUGUGAGUUUUGUUUUUUGCUCAGUGUCACUGCUGGCAUGACUAAGGAUGGCUUGUACGAGUAAAGCCAGCUGCACAGACCCAAGCCUAUACCCAUGGAAUGUAUUGCCAUUGCCUGCUUGCCACUCUAUUUGCAAAAUGCCAACGACAACAACAACAACAACAUAAUAAGCAACAAGAACUUAGAAAAAUUUUAGACCUUGCUCUCUGUCAAAAUCAUGAUUCCAACGGUUUCCAGUGUUAAUAAUGAAUUGAAUAUAUAAAAAUUGCAAAGAUUACAUGCAGAGAUUGGUUCUGCGAUGGAAUUGAAUGCUACAGGGUCCCCACGUACGAGCUGUGGUAAUGUAACUCAUUGUUUGCAUCAGUGCAGCACCAUCUGGAUUUUUCAGGUGUAGGGGUACUGAGCUCCCUCACUUUGCCAAAUUGAUUUAGUGUAAUUAGUAGCUAUUUGGAGACAUAAUUGUGUAUGUAUAACUUAGGUUCAUACAGUCAAGUUUGCAUCAUUAAUACGUUCAAGUGUAACAGAGACCACCCAGAACCCAGUGUGACUCUGCUGUAUGAUUUGUCACUGGAGAGCACUGCUUUAAAACUGGUUUUCCUCCUUUUUUUUUUUUUUUCCUAAAUACUGAAAUAAAUGAAAUAGGGAGUCAGACAUGAAUUUUUAAGUCAGUAGGGACGGUGAUUGCUUACUGACCAUCACUGGAACACCUUGGAGCAAUUGUUGACGUUCUCUGUGGUCCUUUUUUGUUGUUUACUUAGGUGGGUCAUAGUAUCAAAUUCUGAGUCUGUUCCAGUGUAAUUUUCUAUUUUAGCAUUUGUAAGAAAGUACGAAAUAAUUGAUAUUUUUACUUCGGAUUUUUAGAAUUUAUUGUUCUUAGAGUCAUAUUGAUCCCUCCCUUUAAAAAGCAAAACAAAACAUUUUGUCCUAAUGGCAAGUAUUAGCAAAGUAUAUCAUGUUAAACCAGGAAUAAAUCAUAAUAGAUGGUAGCAUUUGCUCGUUUUCCCCAUGUGCUAGCAACAUUCUCAAAGAAUGUAUGAAGAAAGUCAUGAAUGUACUAAAUAAUACACUGAUACUGUUUAUAUCCAUUUAAAUGUUUCCUGUUGAUUUAAAUAAUAGCAGACCAUGCACAAAAUGGAUAUCAGAGCAAAUAUGGCUAUAAUAAAAUGAAAACAUUUUACCAAAGAUAAAGAACUGAUACCACAAUGUCUGCAUCUUUCAUUUUAGUGCGUAAAUUUAGCAAAUUGAAUGUAUCAGAAACCAAGACUUUCUCUUGUAAUUGUAUGCUACCUAGCACCUCUGUGAAUUUUUUUACAUGCACUUUUAUGGGAGACAUAAACUGACAGAAAAUAAUCAACAGCCUCUUAAUUUUGUGUUGUUAAUGCCUGACCAGAAGGUAAGAAAUAUGAAGUGCAGGUUUUCUUUGUAAUUUUCUUAUCUUAAUGUCAUGCAUGUUUUACCACUAAGUGAUUUUGAAGCUCCCAAAAGAAGUCGAUAGAUGUUAAACUUUUGUACAAUUGACAGAUGUUACUAGCUAGCAUGCAAAUUUGAGACAUACUGGCUUUUACUGUAGGUGUGGAUAUUUUAGAAUAUUUUGAAUCACCCUCUCCUGAUAAGGCACAAUCAGUCCAUUUACCUUAUAGACUAAUUAGUGAAAAAGAGAUUUUCACCUUUUGAAAUGGCAUUUUCAAAAGUGGGUAUGGAAAGAUCCUCACUGUUUUUUCUCUUAACUUCUGUGUAAUUGCUGUGUACAUUCCUUUCAUCUCACUGUUCACAACCUUUCAUGAUUUGUUUGAUUGUAUGCUUUAUGACCGAUAUCAAGAAAAUACAGACAUAUGGGUAGUGAUGUAGCUCACUAAAGCUCACCCUUGCAGUGCAUCUGAAGUACAGCCACUUCAUCCAGUUGGUCUGUCCUGUAAAUAAAUUAAAGUUAUAUUAUUUUCAUACAAGAGGAAUGUUGUCUGGUGAUUGCCUGACUACAGUUACACGAGCAGGACUUUUUCCCUAUAAAGUCUGUUAUUAAGAUCUGAGAUAAAUUUAGCUAGUCAGAUUGACUACAUACUUGAAAAUACCCUGCUUUGCUGCAGCCAUUUUUUUCUGUCUUUCAGAGUUCUUUUGUUUAAAAGAGCAUUUCCAUUUGGAAAUAGUAGGAAUAUUGCUAGAUAUUUAAAUGUCUGGAACAUACACGCACUAACUCCCUAUAGAUGGAUGUUACUUUCUGCCUCUUGGGUCAGAAGAUCCUGCUAAGGUGAAUAAUGUGUCUCUGUCUACCUAUAAUUUAAAUGUAUCACCUUUGGAUAAGCAUCGAAUAGCUUGCCUCUAACAGCUUUCUGAAAGAAAAAGUGUAAUACCUCCUAGCUGUGUGUUUUUGUGUCUUUCCCAUCCCACACAAAUUUAAACCUUGUUUAGAAGCAUUGUAAAAGAUGUAAAACAAAACGUCAAAAGGGAGAUCAGGUACACGUUAAUUUAUUGCCCAUUAACUGUACUCAGCUGUUAACAAGCUUUCAAAUGAGGAAGAGCUCUACUUGAAGUCGGCCACUUUGUUAUGCUUAAUGCAUCAUAGCCACCCAUGUUUCAUGUUCCAGGAAAUGAAUAUAUAUAAUAUAUUUCUAGAUUUUUAUUUAAUUUGUUUUUUUUUUUCCAGUUAUUGUUUGAUAUCUGUGUUGUAAGAAUGAGAAGCAGAGUUGUGUCCUCGACACUACAAAGGCACACCAGGUCUAAUUUCAUGCUGGAACGGGAGGCUAACAUUAAUUCCACAGUCCCGAGAAGCACAGAAAAGAAAUGUGCAGGUUUUGUUGAUAAUUUAUUUUAUUUAGCUUUUAUUUCACUGAUUAAAGGGAUGUGAAACAGCCAAAAAAUUCAGUAUGUCUUAAGCUUGCCAGUACUGAGGAUGUGGUGUAAAUUAACAGGUGUUCUUACUUACCAUGCACAUUUCAGUUGAUUGCAUUUAAAAUCUAUGGUAGAGCAAGUGUGGUAGCAGGUUCAAGCCUAUGACUUUGCUGAGUAAAAACUUGAUCACUGUCAUUGCCAAAAUUUCUUCCUUUCUUCUGUUUGACUUUGGUUUUAUGUUUGUUUGUUUUUGGGUGGUGGCGGUGGUUGUUUUUAACCAUUGUUACUGCUUGUCUGUUGGCACUAACGCAGGAAUGCAGGUAUGUUUUCUACCUCAUUAACAUUCUGAG